CUCCUGUGAGGCGGCCGUUGGCGCGGCCGAGUCAGCACGAGCCGGAGCGGCGGCGCUGAGCGCAGCGAGCGCGGAGCCGGCGAGGAACGACGCGAAACGCGCCGCUGUCUCCGGUCCGAGGCGCACCACGCUGCGUGGGCGGGGAGAGAGAGAAAGGGAGAGGGAGAGACUCUCAGAUAGACAGUACAGCCGGGGAGCGCGGCAGAUAAAGGACAGAGGACGGGCGGAGAGAGAGAAAGAGAGGAGCGAGCGGGGAUCCAGUCAGGCACCGAGAGAGACCCAGGGAGAGGACAGGCAGCGCGAGAGGCAGGGCAGGCGACGACAGCCCGGCGACGGACCAGGGCGACGCGAGCGGAGCGGGGAGAGGCGAGGCAAGGCGAGGCGAGCCGGCCCGAGGCGGGAGGCGGCCGGCGGGUCGGGCGGCGCCGCCGCGGCCACCGCGCCCGGCCACCACCGCGCUGCGGAGGAUCUCCUCCCGCGGAGGAGGCGGAGGAAGAGACCAUGUCUUUCAGGAAGACAGGCACUGUACUGUAACAGCAGCAUAUCUGCAGCAAAAUAAACAAACCAGCCAACCAAAAAUACCAAACAAACAAAAAAAUAACCCAAGCCACCAAGACGCUGGGGGCAGAUCCCGUUUUCAGGCAAGGUUGACUAUGAUCCGUCAAACUCUCUGAAGGACCAGCAUGGAGAUUGGCGCUCUGAACUGUUAAUGGGGACAUGGGACUCACGUUGUCAUUGAUCAUUUGUGUGGACUUAACCAGCGAAGAGCAACAGAAGACACUAGAAAGACAGUGGGAAUUAUAGCAGUUUUUCAGGUCACCAAAUCUUGUUAUUUUAAUUUCUGUCUGGAAGAAUGUCUGAGCAAGGUAAAUUGAACCAGGAGACAGCAGAGGAAGCUGCGAAAGAGCAGGAGACUGCCAUCUCCGAAGGGAACCUGGACAACUGUAUCCUUAAUAAAUCUGAAAGCUCAGAAGUAGAGGAGAAGGAGGAGAAGCUGAGCGAUGCCAAGACAGAGCUGCAGAAACGAGGUGCAAAUCAGAACCAGCAGAAAAAGAGAUCCAAGUCAGGAGCUAAAGGAAAACUUGUCCGGAGCCUUGCUGUGUGUGAAGAGUCAUCCCCUCGUCCAGGAGUGGAAAAUAUUCAUGAUAAUCAGGAAUCAAUCCAACUACAGCUUUCAAGUUUUCCUAGCUUGCAAGAAGAAGAUAAAUCUAGUAAAGAUGACUCCGAGAAAGAAAAAGAGAAGGAUAAAAAUAAAGAAAAAGAUAAAAACAGUGAAAAAACCAAGAUCAGAAUGUUAUCAAAAGAUUGCAGUCAAGAGUAUACAGACUCAACAGGCAUAGAUUUGCAUGAGUUUCUCAUUAACACAUUAAAGAAUAAUCCCAGGGACAGAAUGAUACUCUUGAAAAUGGAACAGGAAAUUAUUGAUUUUAUUAGUGACAACAAUAAUCACUAUAAAAAGUUCCCUCAGAUGUCAUCAUAUCAGAGGAUGUUAGUACACAGAGUGGCAGCUUACUUUGGAAUGGAUCACAACGUGGAUCAGACCGGAAAAUCCGUAAUUAUCAACAAGACCAGCAAUACAAGAAUACCAGAGCAAAGGUUUUCUGAACAUUUAAAAGAUGAAAAAGGUGAAGAAUCCCAGAAGCGAUUUAUCUUGAAGCGAGAUAACUCUAGUAUUGAUAAAGAAGACAAUCAGCAAAACAGAAUUCUUCCAUUUAGAGAUGACAGACGAAGUAAAUCAAUUGAAGAGAGAGAAGAGGAGUAUCAGAGAGUGAGGGAGAGAAUAUUUGCACAAGAUUCAGUUUGCUCCCAGGAAAACCUUUUUGUGGAAAACAGUAGGCUGUUGGAAGACAGUAGUAUAUGCAAUGAUACCCAUAAGAAAAGACAACUGUUUAGGGGUAACAGAGACAGCACGGGGAAGACAUCUGGCAGUCGACAGAGCAGUACGGAGAACGAACUGAAGUGGACAGACCACCAGAGGCCAUGGAGCAGCACAGACUCGGACAGCUCAAAUCGAAAUUUGAAGCCAGCCAUAACAAAGACAGCCAGUUUUGGUGGGAUAACCGUCCUGACAAGAGGAGAUAGCUCGUCAAGUAACAGAAGUACCGGCAAACUGUCUAAAACAGGUAGCUCAGAGUCUUCCAGCAGCGCUGGCUCCUCAGGAUCACUGUCACGAAUACAUCAGCCUCUCCAAAGUGCAUCUCUUGUCCCCGGGGUGACAGCCAGCUCUUCAGGCAGCGUGUCCUACCCUGAGAACGGGAUGAGCGGCCAGGUGGCCCCCAGCAACACCAGCUAUAUCAUUCUUCCACUUGAAGCUGCAGGGAUACCACCUGGCAGUAUCCUUCUCAACCCGCACACAGGUCAACCGUUUGUAAAUCCUGAUGGGACGCCGGCAAUAUACAAUCCUCCCAGUGGCCAGCAGACGAUGAGGAGCCAGAUGGUGGGACAGUCUCAGCAGCAGCCUUCAUCCCAGCAGCCUCAGCAGGUUCAACAGCCACAGCAGCAAAUGGCAAGUCACCUUGUCACACAGCCUGUUCAGGCAAUGCAGCCAUCUUCUCAGUCAGUCCAAUAUCCAGCAGUUUCUUACCCUCCCCAGCAUCUCCUGCCAGUCUCUCCAACGCAGCAGUUUUCUGUGCGAGAUGACAUGACAACACAGUUUAACCAGAUGAGCUUAAGUCGUCAAUCAUCAGGAGACAACCCCGAAUCGCCUUCCGGCCCUGUCUACCCGUCGCCUAUCUUGCAGCAGCCUGCCCAGCAGACGGGUUACAUUAUGGCUUCCCCAAGUCAGCAGCUUCCCCCAGGAGGCUUUACAGGUUCAGGUCCACCAGUAUCCCAGCAAGUGCUGCAGCCACCGCCCCAGGGCUUUGUGCAACAACCACCGCCACCUGCUCAGAUGCCAGUGUAUUAUUACCCAUCUGGUCAGUACCCUACCUCAACAACUCAGCAGUACAGACCCAUUGCCUCAGUUCAGUACAAUGCACAGCGGAGUCAACAGAUCCCACAGACUGCACAGCAAGCAGUUUUGCAAGUACUUUGGGAUGGACCAGCUCAGAGCUUUUGGCAAAUAAGUUACCAGCCUGUCCUGCCGAACCAGCAGCAGGGGUUCCAGGGUCUCAUGGGAAUGCAGCAGCCGCCCCAAAGCCAGAACCUGAUGAAUAAUCAACAGGGAAAUCAGGUGCAAGGCAUGAUGGUGCAGUAUCCAGCCAUGUCGUCUUAUCAGGUGCCAAUGACCCAGGGUUCUCAAGGAUUGCCGCAACAAUCGUAUCAACAACCAAUCAUGCUACCUAAUCAAUCAGGUCAAGGAACACUUACAGCCACUGGAAUGCCUGUCUACUGUAAUGUCAUACCUCCUGCCCCACAGAACAACCUACGGUUGAUUGCCCCACACUGCCCCUCCAAUAACGUUCCAGUUAUUUCUGCCAGCUGCAGGACAAACUGUGCGAGCAUUAAUAAUGCAGGGUGGCAGGUCAAGUACUGACAUUGUGGCUUAGUGUGGAUAUACCGAGGAUAGCAGUGCAUUAUUUGACAAGUAACUCAUGGCCUUCAAAUGAAGAGGAACACGACAGGAUCAUCAGUUGAGGACAUAAGUACUGACUAUGCUCAAGUGAUUUGCUGCUGGAAAAAUCUGUAAAAAAAAUUAAAAUAAAAUAAAUUUUGAAAAAAAAAACAUGUUUGCUGGUUAAUGGUGCAUAUUUUUGUCAUGUCUGCUAGGUAUGCCUUUAUAGCUUAGCUAGUGACAUGAAUUCAUUGAGGUAAGAUUUUUUCCUACCACUGAACACCACUGUGUAGAUUGUAAUAUCCCCGAUUCGGAUUAGUUUUGUACUUUGUGUUGAGUUUGUGAAGCUAAAAGUAUUUAAAAAUAUAAUAAAAUCACAUUGUACCAAAGCUGUAAUGGAAAUGAAAAAACAAAAACAGAAAAAAAAAAUUACUGAAUGGAAGGAAUAAUUUAUAUACACUAUAGAGUUUUUUUAUGGAUAUAUACUGUAUUGUAGUGCUUAAUCACAAUAAAGCUAUUUGGCCUUAUGGAGAAA